AUGUUUUUGUAUAACUUAAGCCUACAAAAAGCAUCUGGUAUCACACACGCAAUCAAUGGUAGUUUCUCCGGCACUAAGCAACAGGAAAUCGUGGUUGCGAAAGGAAAGAUACUGGAGAUUAUGCGUGUUGACGCCACGUCGGGUAAACUUUACACGCUGCUCACUACUGAAGUGUUCGGUAUUGUCCGCUCUCUGAUGCCAUUUCGUUUAACUGGUGGCGGAAAAGAUUAUAUUGUUAUCGGAUCAGAUUCUGGUCGUAUCGUCAUUCUUGAGUACAUCCCUUCAAAAAAUGUAUUUGAAAAAGUGCAACAAGAAACCUACGGCAAAAGCGGCUGCCGUCGUAUUGUACCAGGACAGUACCUUGCAAUUGAUCCCAAGGGUCGCGCUCUCAUGGUCGGUGCUGUAGAGAAGCAAAAACUUGUCUAUGUUAUGAAUCGAGAUUCUCAAGCAAGACUUACAAUCUCGUCACCUUUGGAAGCUCACAAGUCAAAUACCCUUGUAUAUCACAUGGUUGGAGUUGACGUUGGUUUUGAAAAUCCGACAUUUGCUUGCAUAGAGAUGGAUUAUGAGGAGGCGGAUCAGGACUCCACGGGCGAAGCUGCAAGAUCUGCUCACCAGUUACUCACCUACUAUGAGUUGGACCUUGGUCUAAACCACGUAGUCCGCAAGUACUCAGAACCCUUAGAAGAGCAUGCUAACUUCUUGAUUACUGUACCUGGUGGGAACGAAGUUCACUCCGGUAUCCUCAUUUGCUCCGAAAAUUAUAUUACCUACAAGAAUUUUGGUGACGAGCCGGACAUUCGGUGUCCCAUUCCUCAACGACGCAACGACUUGGACGAUCCGGAUCGGGGUCUUCUGUUUGUUUGUAGCGCAACUCACAGAACGAAGAACCUCUUCUUUUUCCUUGCUCAAACCGAACAGGGUGAUAUUUUUAAAAUCAACCUCGAGAAAGACAAGGAAACAGUUACUGAGAUUCGUCUCAAGUACUUUGACACUGUCCCUGUUGCAUCUGCUAUGUGCGUCCUAAAAACGGGCUUCUUGUUUGUUGCGUCUGAGUUUGGGAAUCACCAUCUUUACCAGAUUGCUCAUCUAGGCGAUAAUGACGAUGAACCUGAGUUCUCAUCAGCAAUGCCACUAGAGGAGGGAGACACAUUCUACUUUAAUCCUCGUCCACUGAAAAACCUAAUCGAAGUUGACACCCUCGAAAGUCUCUCUCCUAUCACAGGUCUCCAUAUCGCUGACCUAGCCAACGAAGAUACCCCACAAAUGGCAGUCCUCUGCGGCAGAGGCCCGCGAUCAACAUUCCGACUUCUUCGUCAUGGCUUAGAAGUUACGGAAAUGGCGAAGUCAGAUCUUCCUGGUAGUCCCAACGCGGUGUGGACGGUAAAACGCAACUCAGAAGAGGAGUACGAUUCCUUCAUCGUGGUGUCAUUCGUAAACGCCACUCUCGUUCUCUCCAUUGGUGAGACUGUUGAAGAAGUGACUGACUCUGGGUUUCUCGGCACAACACCAACAUUAACCUGCUCGCAGCUGGGUGACGAUGCUCUCGUGCAAGUCUACCCCGAUGGUAUACGCCACAUACGCGCCGACAAACGGAUAAAUGUGUGGCGGACGCCGGGAAAGAAAACCAUUCAGCGAUGUGCCGUUAAUAGGCGACAAGUAGUCAUUGCUCUGACUGGUGGUGAGUUGGUGUACUUCGAAAUGGACGCAACUGGCCAGCUGAAUGAGUAUACGGAAAGGAAGGAAAUGCCAGCGGAUGUCAUCUGCAUGGCGCUUGGACGUAUUCCAGCCAAUGAACAGCGCUCCCGCUUUUUGGCUGUCGGCCUGGCAGACAAUACCGUUCGCAUUCUAUCACUGGAUCCCUCGGAUUGUCUAUCUCCCUUGACAAUGCAAGGUCUUCCCACAGCCGCCGAAUCGCUGUGCAUAGUUGAAAUGGGUGGUGGUGAAUCCGAAAAAGGUAUCGGUGGUGGUGGUGGUGGUGGUAUUCUCUACCUCAACAUUGGCCUUAAUAACGGCGUGCUCUUCCGUGUCGUGCUGGACCCUGUGACCGGCGAACUCUCGGACACCAGAACUCGCUACCUCGGUACAAGCCCUGUGAAACUCUUCCGAGUCUCAAUGCAAGGAGGCGAGGCUGUGUUGGCCGUCUCAAGCCGAUCCUGGCUGUCUUACACAUACCAGAGUCGCUUCCAUAUCAUUCCGUUGUCCUACGAAACCCUGGAAUUCGCGUCUGGAUUCUCGUCUGAACAGUGUCCCGAAGGCAUUGUGGCCAUCUGCGAGAACUCCCUGAGAAUUUUGGCUUUGGAGAAGUUGGGUGCAGUGUUCAACCAGACCACCACGAUGCUUCAGUACACGCCAAGGAGGUUCGUCUUCCAUCCCGAAUCGAACAUGGCGUUCGUCAUAGAAACCGACCACAACACCUUCACCGACGACGUCAAGGAGGAGAGGCGUAGGGAGAUGAGUGAGCGAAUCAUCGCCUCAGUUGUCGACGAACACGAGAAAGAGCAGGCUCGAGCCGUGGCAGCUGGAUUCCUGAAUCGCCCGCUGCCGGAGUCCGUGUUCGGCGCCCCGAAGGCUGGCCCGGGAAUGUGGGCGAGUUUGCUGCGACUGCUCAAUCCCCUCACCGGGGACACCCUGCAGAUUUGCCGAUUCGCUCAGAACGAGGCCGCCCACGCCAUCACCAUGGCAACGUUCACUAAUCGCCCUGGCGAAUACUUCGUGAUUGUUGCGCUGUCCAAGGAGUUGGUCCUCAAUCCGCGCAGUUGCUCAGGCGGCAUUCUGCGCACGUAUCGUACGACGUCCAUCGGCGAUCGUCUGGAGUUCGUCCACGACACCCCCGUUGAGGACUACCCGGCUGCUCUGUGUGGUUACCAGGGCCGCCUGCUGGCCGGUGUGGGACACCGCCUGCGUCUCUACGACAUGGGCAAGAAGAAGCUCUUGAAAAAGAGUGAAAAUCGGCAUUUCCCCAACCUGAUAAAUGGCAUCUACGGGAUCGGCCAUCGGAUUAUCGUAACAGACGUUCAGGAGAGCCUCUUCUGGGUGCGCUACCGACCUCGUUCAGACAACCAGAUGGUUAUUUUCGCGGACGACGCCAGCCCCCGUUGGAUUACCCACGUGGCCGUGCUAGACAACUCUACCGCCGCCGUGGCCGACAAAUUCGGCAACGUGAUCAUCCUCCGCCUGCCUCCCAACGUCAACGACAACGUCGAGGAAGAUCCCAGUGGAAACCGCUCACUGUGGGACAGAAACGCUCUCGGCGGGGCCAGCCAAAAACUCGAGAUGUUGUGCCACUUCUACAUCGGCGAGGUCGUCACGUGUUUGCAGAAGGCCACACUGAUCCCAGGCGGCUCGGAAGGUCUCGUGUACUCGACGUUGUCGGGCAGUUUGGGAAUCCUGAUUCCCUUCGCCUCCAAAGACGCCUACUCCUUCUUCCAGCACCUGGAACUUCACAUGCGCUCGGAGAACAUCUCCUUGGUUGGCCGUGAUCACCUCCACUACCGCUCUCUCUACUACCCCUGCAAGAAUGUAAUCGAUGGCGACCUCUGCGAGAUGUUCAACAUGUUGGACGCGGAGAAGCAGCGCAACAUUGCUGAGGAGAUGGACAAGGCCCCGACGGACAUUGCGAAACGCCUCGAAGACAUGCGCACGCGCUGCGCCUUCUGA